UGGGGAGGGGGAAUCCGGACUUCCCAUACAGUAACUCCCACAAGAGACUGUGUGGAAUGGGGAGGGGGAAUCCGGACUUCCCAUACAGUAACUCCCACAAGAGACUGUCACUUCAGCCAGCGCGUGUUGCACUACUAACAGAAGAACUGCGCCAAUUUAGCUGUGAAUCUCUUCAGUUCUGAGGGAAAGUCCGCUUGUUCAUUCAGGACUGGUGUGAACCCAGCCUACACACAACGUUGUCUCAACGUUGUCUCUACGUUGACUCCCAUAAAUGGAGUCUCACAGAAACGGAGCGAGUGGCUCGUCUCCAGACUUCAGUAGAAUACAACAGGGCUACAACAUGCAGCAGCCUGGACCUGGUCCCAGAGGCGGUCCUCGUCCUCAGGGCGACAGCAGCAGCACGUUCGGGGUGAGGAUACAAGUCCAGGGGAUUGAGGGUCAUCCUUACGUUGUAUUGAACAACGGGGAUAGUAGAGCAGCUCUGCCGUCUGGUGGCCUGGAGAGCUACAGUAGAAACUGGGACCACCAGGAAGAGUCUGUCAACGCCCACAGCCAGUCUGAUUACACCUCCAUGGUGAAUGAUAGGCAAUCUCCACUAGGAAGUCCCUAUAUGGAGCGAUCUCCGUUAGGAAGUCCCUAUAUGGAGCGAUCUCCGUUAGGAAGUCCCUAUAUGGAACGAUCUCCAGUAGGAAGUCCCUAUAUGGAACGAUCUCCGUUAGGAAGUCCCUAUAUGGAACGAUCUCCAGUAGGAAGUCCCUAUAUGGAACGAUCUCUGUUAGGAAGUCCGAAUAUGGAGCACAGUAUUCCCAACCAUGCUCGUGGAGGUUCUCUGACUGAGGUUAGGGAGGGUAGGGAAUCACAGAGGAUGCUGGCGUCCACCGUGUCCAUGUUCGACUUCCAGGACUCACACUUACAGCAGUUACAGAGGACCAUGCCGACAUCUAAUAUCGGGUUGAACUUCCAGAGACACCCAGAGCUGCUGAAACCCUACAACCCAGACUGGAACAGCCUCAGCCCCCGCCUCUCCUCCAGCCGAAGACUCUCUGUUCCCCCCACUCAGACAACCUCUGUACCUAGGCCGGGACAUCUCACCAGAGGUCUCCAGAGUGGAGCAGGAGCCGCCCUGACCCAGGGAGCAGGGUCUAGACCCGGACCAGCCAGGAUCCCUCUGCCUGCUGAGGGUAUAGAGAGAGCUCCCACCAAGACCCAAGGCCCGGGCCCUGCCCCUGUCCCAGCUAACGCCCAGACCCAAGGCCCGGGCCCUGCCCCUGUCCCAGCUCCCACCCAGACCCAAGGCCUGGGCCCUGUCCCAGCUCCCACCCAGAUCCAAGGCCUGGGCCCUGUCCCAGCUCCCGCCCAGAUCCAAGGGCCGGGCCCUGCCCCUGUCCCAGCUCCCACCCAGACCCAAGGACUGGGCCCUGUCCCAGCUCCCACCCAGACCCAAGGUCCGGGCCCUGUCUCAGCCCCAGGUCCCCACCACCAUUCUUUUACCACCUUACUAAGUCCCCCAAGCGAGGUUACCAACGUCCCCAGGAGGUCCCCAAACGCAGUGGACACAGAACCCAUCCCCUCCAUAGGUAGCCUUAUCAACCAGUUCGACAGCCCCCAGCAGAUGGGCCGAGCUGGGCCUAGGAGAGGGAGGAUAGCCCCAGAGGACCGAAGGAGGUCACGCAGCGUGGACAGCAGGCGACAGUGUCACUCAUACCCAUUGGACCCCUCCAGCCCUGCCUCGGCCGUCAGAGGGACCAGGGGAGAGACUCCAGGGGGAGUCACCAGCGCUCCCGGGUCACCUAAGGGGAGAGGGGCCAACGGACCCUCCACUCUGGUGUUUAAUAAGCUCCAGUGGGAGAAGGAGGAGGGGCCUACAGUUGUGUCACCUAAAGCGGGGAAGGUACGGUACAGAGUGGAGAAGACCUCCCUGAGCAGAUCCAGAUCUCUCAACCACACAGAGGAGGAGUCAAAGAGAGAAACUCAGGUCAUCACUCCAGAUCUUUUGAAAGGUCAGAGGGGUCUGCAGCAGCUCUCCACUGAACCACAACGACCAAAUGAAGACGCCACUAAACAGAUACUGUUCACUUACCUCAAUGAUGGGACCACUGAUUUAUCCUCCACCACUCAGAAGAAGGUGACCCUGGUGUUUGACAGAAUCAACCAACUGAAGUGGAAGACUGCAGAGAACGUGGAGGAGGAGAUCAGGGAUUGUGCUGCUGAGACCAAGGCGCUACAGCAGGAAGGAGCAGAACUGGAGAGAGAGGUGUCAAAGCUGAAGACACAGUUGGAGCACAAGACCAAGAAUGGUAGAGCCCUGGCGGAGGCAUGUGAGAGGGCUCAGACGGACGUGAAGACUGUUCAGGAGGAACUGGACAGGAGACGGGAGGAACUCUCCACGCUACGGGAUAGGCUGGCUGGGAUGGAGGCGGAGCUUGAAGUUGUCAUAGACGAGCUAGUCAAGGUGAAGGCAGAGAGAGAACGUGGCCGUACAGAGAGGAAGGUCCUCCAGCAGCAGCUGUCUGAUAUGCAUGAUGAACUGGACCAGGCCAAGAACACAACACAGGCAGAAAGCACAGAGAAACAGCUCCUUCUGAAGGAUCUGGCCCAGCUGCGGUUGGACUUCCAGGAGCUCAUUCAGGUGCAGGAGGAGCAGGAGGAGGUGCUACACUGGAGGGAGAGGGAGCUGACCGCCCUGAAGGGAGCGCUGAAGGAGGAAGUGGAGAGUCAUGACAAGGAGCUGGGCAUUAUGAAGGAGGUGUACGACAAGGAGGUGCAGAAGCUCCAAGAGGAGGUGGAGGAGGUGAAAGAGAGUAACACAGUUCUGAGCCAGGAGAAGAAGGAGGUGGAGGAGGAGAGAGGGGAGGCCCGGGGCCAGGUGAAGGAGCGGAUCCAGGAGAGAGAGGAGCUUAAGGGACAGGUAGAGGAGCUGGAGAGCAAGGUGGACCAGCUCAACCUCGUCAUCAAGGAGUCCAAAACUCUACAGAGACAGCUGGUGAAAUGCGUAGAGCAACUCAAGCGAGAGAAGCAGCAGGUGGAGGGAACGCUAGCGGAGGUGAAGGAGAAGGAAGAGGAGAUCAGCCAGACAAACAAAGACCAACUAAUAAAGCUGGAGAAUGUACAGAGCGAGUUGACCCAGCUGAACCACCUCCACAGGGAGGCGAAAGAGAGGCUGAAGGAGGAGAGGAGGAGAACAGAGGAGCUCAGGAUGAUGAAGAGUGAUCUGGAGGAGGAGAGGAGACUGCAGAACAGCACUGUGGAGAAACUGCAGAGGGAGAUGAGUGUUAAGGUGGAGGAGUGUGAGGCGUCCACUGAGCAGCUCCAGCUGCAGGUUGAUGAAGUCAGAAAGAAGAGCCACACAGAGCUGACUGAGCUCCAACAACAGCUGCAGGAAAAGAGACUGGACCUGGAGAAAUCACAACAGAAUACCAGAAAACUGCAGGAAGAGCUACUUACCCUGGAGCAGGGUCUGGAGCGGGGUCGUAGGGAGUGGGAGGAGGCCCAGCAGAGAGGCAGACAACUGGAGAGGAAGGUGGAGGAGCUGGAGGAGAGGAACGCUCAUGCCCAGGAGGACCACGCCCGACAGGUCAAACUCAUUGAGGGUCAGAUGAGCCAACUGGAGCAGGAUCUGCAGGAUGAGAGGAGCAGUACAGAUCUCCUGAUGAACAGAGUGGAUCAAGGAAAACAACAGAUGGAGCUGAUAAGAGGUGAGCUGCUGCAGGAGAGAGCAGUCAAACAGGACCUGGAGUGUGACAAGAUCACUCUGGAGAGACAGAAUAAGGACCUGAAGAGUAGGGUGUCUCAUCUAGAGGGCUCUCAGAGGUCCAAUCAGGAUGUUGUGGUUUCCAGACUGGAGGGAAGGAUCCAGGAGCUGGAGGGGAGGCUGGAGGGAGAGGAGAGAGACAACAUCAACCUGCAACAAGCCAACAGGAAACUAGAGAGAAAAGUGAAGGAGAUGAUGAUUCAAGUGGACGAUGAGCACAUAUCUAUGCAGAACCAGAAUGACCAGCUGAACCAGAGGCUGAAGACCGCGAAGAGACAGAUGGAUGGGGCCGAGGAGGAGAUAGAACGUCUGGAAAACUCUAAGAGGAAGUUACAAAGAGAUCUGGACGAACAGAUAGAGACCAACGAUCAGAUCCUCAGCCAGCUCAACGCCCUGCGUUCAGAGAUGAGGCGUAAGCAACAGAAAUCAGCCCCGCUCCUGAUGAUCGAGAAGGCUGGUGAUACUGUCUGUGAGGAUGACAUCAACUCUGACUGAAAGAUGCACUAACUUACUUACUUAUAGUACUCCGGCUUAUUCCCACUGGGACACAAGGUCUCAACGAGCUCUUCAUUCCCACUGGGACACAAGGUCUCAACGAGCUCUUCAUUCCCACUGGGACACAAGGUCUCAACGAGCUCUUCAUUCCCACUGGGACAUGAGGUCUCAACGAGCUCUUCAUUCCCACUGGGACACGAGGUCUCAACGAGCUCUUCAUUCCCAAUGGGACACGAGGUCUCAACGAGCUCUUCAUUCCCACUGGGACACGAGGUCUCAACAAGCUCUUCAUUCCCACUGGGACACAAGGUCUCAACGAGCUCUUCAUUCCCACUGGGACACGAGGUCUCAACGAGCUCUUCAUUCCCACUGGGACACGAGGUCUCAAGGAGCUCUUCAUUCCCACUGGGACACAAGGUCACAAAGAGCUCCUUCCACUUGUUCUUAUCCUUGGUGACAUGUUGUGAUGCUCUGACAGCCUGGUGAAAAGAAUACAAGCAGUCAAGUCAAAAACAGAUUUCCUGAUUCUCACAAAGGGCCGGUAAAAUCACAGUGAGGAAUGAAAAGCGUUACAGAAGUUUCUCAUUAAAACAAUAUUUCCAUGUGCAACUCAAGUGUGGGUUUGGGCCUGUCUGUGGAUUUCAUAACCCUUUGCAUUACACUGCCCUCCAGUGGCCAUUGUAGAACUGCAGUUACAGGAGAAAAUGUUUUCACUUUUCACCAUCAUAAAUCAGUCCAUAACUGUAUUGUGUGCUGCAUCACUUUUCCUUUCAUAAUGUAAUUAACCUAUAAAUGAAUAAAGGUUUAUUCAUAACUAA